CUAAAUGCUCACUACUCUCAGUGAUCUGUUGCUCAUGUCUUGCUCUGCAUUAGAAGGGAAACUAAUCGAGCAGGAUCACUGUGCUGUUCAGCGGCGGGUUCUUACGCAGACAUGUUCAGAAACCAGUACGAUAAUGAUGUGACGGUGUGGAGUCCUCAGGGGCGAAUCCACCAGAUUGAGUAUGCCAUGGAGGCAGUGAAGCAGGGCUCAGCUACUGUGGGGCUCAAAUCACGCACUCAUGCAGUGCUGGUGGCCUUAAAGAGGGCUCAGUCUGAACUCGCUGCUCAUCAGAAGAAGAUCCUCUAUGUUGAUAAUCACAUUGGUAUUUCUAUCGCUGGACUAACUGCAGAUGCUCGACUGCUCUGUAACUUCAUGCGUCAGGAGUGUCUGGAUUCUAGGUUUGUGUUUGAUCGUCCACUUCCUGCGUCUCGUCUCGUCUCGCUCAUAGGAAGCAAAACUCAGAUCCCCACUCAGCGUUACGGAAGGAGACCCUACGGAGUUGGCCUUCUGAUUGCAGGCUAUGAUGACAUUGGACCUCACAUCUUUCAGACUUGUCCGUCUGCUAAUUACUUUGACUGUAAAGCCAUGUCCAUCGGUGCACGCUCACAGUCUGCACGCACGUACCUGGAGAGACACAUGGAGCGUUUCUCUGACUGUAACUUGAAUGAGUUGGUGCAGCAUGGCCUGUGUGCUCUCAGAGAGACCCUACCUGCUGAACAAGACCUCACUACCAAGAACGUGUCCAUUGGAAUUGUGGGUAAAGAUCUGGAGUUUACCAUCUACGAUGAUGAUGAUGUGGCUCCGUUUCUCGAGGGAUUAGAGGAGAGACCACAGAGGAAGCCUGUCCAGUCUGGGGAUGAUGCUGCUCCAGCUCCCUCUGAUGAGCCGAUGGAACACUGAGAACCUGAAUUAUUUUCCUUCUUCACAUCCCGCUGAUAGAGUUUAAGGAGCUUCAGCGUUCGUCCUACAUUUAAAUCCACACUUAUGUUUUUCUAUCUGUACUGACGACAAUAAAAUACAUUUCCAACA